AUGUCCAGCCCCCAGAGGGCCACACAGCGUCCAGCCCCCAGAGGUCCACAACGUUCAUCCCCCAGAGGGCCACAAUUUACAGCCCCCAGAGGGCCACACAGCGUCCAGCCCCCAGAAGGCCACAGCGUUCAGCCCCCAGAGGGCCACAGCGUCCAGCCCCCAGACGGCCACAAUUUCCAGCCCCCAGAGGGCCACAACCUCCAGCCCCCAGAGGGCCACAACCUCCAGCCCCCAGAGGGCCACAGCGUCCAGCCCCCAGAGGACCACAACCUCCACCCCGCAGAGGGCCACAGCGUUCAGCCCCCAGAGGGCCACAGCGUCCAGCCCCCAGAGGGCCACAACCUCCAGCCCCCAGAGGGCCACAACCUCCAGCCCGCAGAGGGCCACAGCGUCCAGCCCCCAGAGGGCCACAACCUCCACCCCGCAGAGGGCCACAGCGUUCAGCUCCCAGAGGGCCACAAUGUUCAGCCCCCAGAGGGCCACAAUGUUCAGCCCCCAGAUGGCCACAGCGUUCAGCCCCCAGAGGGCCACAAUGUCCAGCCCCCAGAGGGCCACAAUGUCCAGCCCCCAGAGGGCCACACAGCGUCCAGCCCGCAGAGGGCCACAAC